AUGACAUCCGAUACUCCCAACUCACUAUCCCCAACAUUCCAAUGGUCACCGACCUACCUCACUCAACUCCAACACAUUGCCGACACCGACGAGUUCCUACACGAGGAUGUCUCUCACCAUCAACGAAACCUCUCUUCCUCCUCCUCAUCUGCCGCUGGUGCAUCAAGCUCCCCAGUAGCAGCAACACCAGCAGCAGCAGUGCCACAAUCCGGUGCAUAUGACUGGCCCGUACUGAAAGACGCGAUCAAGUACAGGAUCAGGACUUGUCUGGAGGAGAGCUUUGGUGAGGAACGAAAGAUGACGUUGCAUCCAGCCACGAAGCUGAUGCCGUACGUGGGAGAGGGAGACGACACUAUUGAUCUGGAAGUCGUUUGGGAGAGGGCUGAUCAUGGGUUUCUGUGCGAGAAGAGGGAGCAGGAGAAAAAGGGUGAAGCGGAGGGGGCGGACGACAAUUCACAGACGACGGAAGGCGGAGCGGAGGAUGCAACAUCUGUUGCUGCAAUAGCAGUGGAAGCAGAAGGUGGGGCCGGUGCUGCUAGCGUGGUGUCCGCGGAACGCGAUGAGAAUGCAGCUGCGCCGCAAACGAACGGCUCUUCCAUCUCAACUGCAGCAGCCGUCGGCAACGGUGCCUCACCAUCCUCUCCAAAAGCUGAUCCAGCCUACUCCUAUCGCCAGACUGGCGCGAACUCGGAUCCGUCCUACUCCCACCCACCGUUCGUCCACCGAGCCGACGUCAUCAACUUUUACCCGUCCAAGCGCUCCCUCCCCUCCACAACCUCCAUCCCACCCCUCUCCCCCGACACGAUCGACACGCAAACUUCCAUCCUCUACUCCAUGCUCGACGACUUUGACACCCAACCGCCGUUCACCAUCCAACGACUCUGCGAGCUCAUCGUCUCCCCCACCGCGCACUACAGCUCGGCGCACAAAUGGAUCGCUGCGAUCAAACGUUGUUUGUCGGUAACGGCUACACGAGAUGCGUUCCCGAUAAGUCCUGUCCAAGCACCCGUUGGGAUAAUGACGAAUGGAACCCACCAAGAAGGAGCUGCUGGUGGAGUGGAGGUGAGCGAGCUGGAGAUGGACAGGAUGGACGGGCUGCCAGCAAGAAGAGAGCGAAGUUCGAGUGUCGCUUCCAGCGGGGUGAGCGAGCCUUUGUUCUCCCCCAUCCCGUUCAUUGUCAGGGAUGAAAAUGGUCAGCUGACGGGUGAAGAUCGAGGGGGAGGCGAUGAGGGCAUGAAUGUGACAGCUGGCGUCGAGGGAGCGUUGAUGGAGCAGAUUCCGGAUUUGGAGCUGGGUGGUGCGGACAGAACUCAGAUCGGCGAUAGAUUACCCAAGGAAGUCGUCGAUAUUGCGCCAACAGCCGCGACAACGGAGCAACCAGACCAGAAGGCAGCGACGGAAGAGGACGUGGAUCAAGCGAUGGACGAGAGCUCCGACGAGCCGAUGCAGGAGGACGUUCCCGCAUCAGCAACCACCGCAGCAGCACCCACCGCCGCGCCUAGUGCCAACACUUCCGCAGCCGCAGCCGCUGACGCAGUCGCUGCAGUCGAAGCCGCCUCAUCCGCCAGUGCUGCACCGACCGAACCGCUCGGCGUACCACACGGACAGGUCGACGAGAUCGACAACCCCAGCUUGACCGUCAACCCUCUGACCUCCACCACGACUGCCACCGCAGACACGUCCGCCCCCGCAUCGAACGCAGAAUCGACGACGAUCAAGUCGAACGAAAGGUCCAAAGCCGAUGACGACGACGUGGAGGACGAUACACCACGCUCGACAAAACGUCGUAAGAGUGUCGCUUCGAUCCACGACGAUGUUGCACGCGAUUGA